CCAGCCAGGACCCGGAUUAAAUUAUUUUUUUAAGCACUGUAUUUCUGUCGUGAUGACUUUUUGACGCGCUAACGGCACGGUCCCCGUGCACGAAGCAUUUUCUUUGAUGAGCCGUGAUGGUUUCAACUUGGGUUUGUUUUUUUAUGUGUAAUGUGUCUAAAGUACCAUGAUAGUUUCAACUUGGGUUUGUUUUUAUGUGUAAUGUGUCUAAAGUACCAUGAUAGUUUCAACUUGGGUUUGUUUUUUAUGUGUAAUGUGUCUAAAGUACUCUUCCGUACCUUCCUCAACACAACGCAUGUGCCUUUUAGGAGAUAAUGCUCGUCUGCAAGAGUAAUAUUGUACGUCAAAUCCCACAGCUAGCACGCGAGGUUACGAUAAAGCUAUUAUUUGAAUAGCUUUAAGGUAACAUGAAAUGUACAAAGUUGGCUGCAUGGGUGGGGUUGCAGCGGGACAGAGACUGUACAAUAACAUACAACAGCAUUUAUUAUAUUAUUGUGGUUGUAGUUUCCAGUGCAGUUCUUUUGGAAUUGAGCCUUCCUCAACUUGAAAGGGCUGAGAAGAUGGAAGACUUUCAUUAAUCAGGGAAAACAAGCCAAUUUGUUAUCCUGAAUAUUGUCGACAGUAUUUCACUUCAUUUCCUCCUCUUGUGUUCAACAGUCAAUUUGAAAGUGAAAGUAAUGCACUGCCUUAACAGAAACCAAAAAUCAAUUGCAACAGUUUGGAUUAGGCCUGUCACGAUAACAAAUUUUGCAGGACGAUAAUUGCUCUACAAAUAAUUGACGAUAAGCAAUAUUAUUGUCAACAUUAUUUUGAGACCAUUUUUUGUGAAUGUAUUGAUAAUAUACGGCAUAAUGAUGCACGUACACCGUAUCCAAAGCAAUAAACUUUUAAUUUCUCAAGAGUGUUCAACAUUGUAAUUGGUAUGACAAGAGCUUUUAAAUAAAAUAAACAACAUAAUAAAUUCAACAAAAAACAAUGAAAAUACAAUGUACACAGUCUCUUUGGAAAAAUUGCACUUCAAUAAAAAUGACAAUCACAACCAAAAGCAAUGAAAAAAUUGACCGUGUCUCUGUUCAAAAUAUACUUGAAUAAAAAACACACAAUAAAAAUACUAAAUAAAAUGGCGUAUCAAGUCUGUAAACAAAAUUUUACUUCCAUGUGAUUGAAAUGUUCAUCAAUGCAUUGUUAAUGAGCACAAGAGUAACACAGUUCACCUUCCGCCGAAACAUGAUGUAAAACAAUAGUUCCUCAAAGUGUAUUGAUUACAAAAUUGUGUUUAAUUGAAUCGCUGUAAUCACGGCCUGCAAUUCUGUUUUCCAGCUUUUCCGUGAGUUCAACAGGUGAUAUGGCCGAGAAGAACAACGACAUCACCAUGCCUGAAGAACUCAGGCUGGUUCUGGUGGGAAAUACUGGAUCUGGCAAGAGUGCGUCCGGCAACACCAUCUUGGGCCGCAAGCAGUUCCUGUCAAGGGCCAGCGCCUCCUCGGUGACCCGCACCUGUGAGCAGCAAAGCACUGAGCUGGUACUGGACGGCGGCCAGAAAAGACUGAGAGUGAAGGUGUUUGACUUAGCGAGCUUCGGGGACACUCACCUCACCAAGGAGCAGAUUCAUACAGCGAUAGCUGGAUGUGUGGCUUUGUCUGCUCCAGGACCCCAUGCUUUUCUCUUGGUGGUGCCCAUUGGGUGUUACACAGAUGAUGCAAACCAGGCUGCAUGCAAUUUGGCCAAGAUAUUUGGAGUGAAAGCGGUCAAACAUCACACUGUGAUUCUUUUUACCAGAAGGGAUGAUCUUGAGGGCAUGAGCAUUGAAGAAUACCUGAGGGAUGCUCCAGCUCAGCUUAAAGAUCUGAUCACCAAAUGUGGCAACAGAUACCACGUGUUCAACAACAGAGACCCCAGUAAUGUGGCGCAGGUUGAAGACCUCAUGAUGAAAGUGAUGGAGUUGGUGAAGCAGACCGAAACUGGGUUUUAUACCAAUGCUAUGUUUAAGGAGGCAGAGGCAAUCCUUCGUGAGGAGGAGAGGAUGAUGAUGAGAAAGCGAAAGUGGGAAGAUGAAGAAGAACGAAGCAAGGCUGUCUCUGACAGGCUGAAGAUUUCCGGCGCUGUCGGCGUGACAUUGGGCGUGGUGUUUGGCCUGGCCGCCCCCUUUGCAGUUGCGAGCACGGCAUACCUCAUGGGGUCUGCGGUCGUCACCACGGCUGCCACAGGGGCAACUGCGUUAAUUGCAGGGGCGGCGCUCGGUGGGAUCGUGGGUGGUACUACGGGAGUCGUUUGCGGUCUUGAGGCUGACAGCUCGACGGAGGGCGCUCAAGAGGCUGCGAAACUGGUUGGCACAGUAGGAUGUGUUGCAGUAACAGCUGCCGUGUGUGUGGAGGCUGCCUUGGGGGUAGGGGCCGCUCUUCUGGGAACAGCUUCCAGCACGGCAGCAAAAAAAACUACAGUUGAAUCGCCCCGCCCACUUCCUCCUGUUUGGACUUGCUACGAGCAAAGAACACAAGGAGCUAAUGCGGCAGAGCACAAGCAACCCGGUGGCAGUACAGCUUUUCCGUCACUAAGCCGAGUUCAGCAGGCCGAGAAGAACAACGACAUCACCAUGCCUGAAGAACUCAGGCUGGUUCUGGUGGGAAAUACUGGAUCUGGCAAGAGUGCGUCCGGCAACACCAUCUUGGGCCGCAACCAGUUCCUGUCAAACGCCAGCGCCUCCUCGGUGACCCGCACCUGUGAGCAGCAAAGCACUGAGCUGGUACUGGACGGCGGCCAGAAAAGACUCAGCGUGGGCGUGGCUGACUUACCAGGCUUUGGGGACACUCACCUCACCAAGGAGCAGAUUCAUACAGAGAUAGCUAAAUGUGUGGCUUUGUCUGCUCCAGGACCCCAUGCUUUUCUCUUGGUGGUGCCCAUUGGGUGCCGUUAUACAAACGAACAGAGAAAGGCUGUACAUUAUUUGGCCAAGAUAUUUGGAAAGAAAGCAGUCAAACAUCACACUGUGAUUCUUUUUACCAGAGGGGAUGAUCUUGAGGGCAUCAGCAUUGAAGAAUACCUGAGGGAUGCUCCAGCUCAGCUUAAAGAUCUGAUCACCAAAUGUGGCAACAGAUACCACGUGUUCAACAACAGAGACCCCAGUAAUGUGGCGCAGGUUGAAGAACUCAUGAUGAAAGUGAUGGAGAUGGUGAAGCAGACUGAAACUGGGUUUUAUACCAAUGCUAUGUUUAAGGAGGCAGAGGCAAUCAUUCAGGAAGAGGAGAGGAAGAUUAGGAAGCGAAAGCAGAAAGAGGCAGAAAGAGAAAGGGAGGCUCGAGCAUUGGAGAGCAGCGUGGCCAGUGGCAGAUGUCUGCCUCCAGUCUCAACCAGGAGAACAGCUGCUUCCUCUCAUAAUGUGCUGGAAAGGCUGAAGACGUGUGUGAUUUCCGGCGCUAUAGGCUUGGCAUUGGGCGCGGUGUUUGGCCUGGCCGCCCCCUUAGCAGCUGCAGGCACGGCAUACCUUAUGGGGUCUGCAGCCAUCGCCGCGGCUGCUAGCGGAGCGACUGCAUUAACUGCAGGGGCGGCGAUCGGUGGAGUUGUGGGUGGCGGUUUGGGAGUUGUUUGUGGUCUUGAGGCUGCCAGCCCGAUGGAGGGCGCGAAGGAGGCUGCGAUACAGGUUAGCAAAGUAGGAUGCAUUGCAGUGGCGGCUGGUGCAUAUGUGGGGGCUGCAUUGGGUGUAGGGGCGGCAAUACAUGCUGCUCUACAGGUUCCAGCAGCUCCCAGCACAGCAGCAGUUGUGUCGGGAGGUGUGGCCAGUGCUCCCGUAGCUCAAACAGGCAUGCUACCUUUAGCACAGCGUGUGGCAGGGGCAGCAGCAGUCGGAGCAGCAGGGGUAGCAGGGGCAGCCAUUACUUGUAAACUGGUGGUAAAAGUGACUAAAGAAAAAACAAAAGACUCAGAAAAGACACAUUUUGAGAUGCAUUGGGACAAAAACAAAUGAUGAAUGAAAUGUCUCAUCAACAUCACCUCAAGGGUUGUAUAGUGGGCAAAAAUUGUAAUCACAGCUGUUUUAAUGAAGCAUAUACAAAGCCAGUUGUGCCUUAAAUGUUUCCUCUGUGCAUGCUUUACUUUCAGUUCAUCAACUGUUUGAUGAUUCUUACAAAUGAUUGUUUUCAAUGUCAAACUAUCACAGGCAGAUCAGCUGUGAAAAAGUCUUUCUAAAAAAUGUCAUUCCCCAAAAAUGACUUCGAUAGAACAUAAAGCUAAAUGAGUGGAAUUCUCCUGGGCACCACAUUAUGUUUCAAUACCUUGUGAUGCUAUUUUGAGCACAACAUGAUCAACUCUGAGACAUUAAAAGCAUUUUCAAUUGUAAAUCUACAGUGCAUGUUGCACUAAAUGUUAUUGCAUUCUACUUGCACAGCCUUUUCAUGAAUUAUGCAUUGCAGUCAAAUGACAAUUAAGCACCAAAUAAAUCAAUUCUU